CGCACUAUAAAGCGAGAGCCCAUUCUCUGUUUUGGAGACAUUAAGAGAGUAAACUCGGGCAUUAACUCUACUAAAAGAUAUAUUUUUUUAACUCUCUUGGAAAGUACCUCUGUUGGCUCACAGCAUUGUUCCUUUGUUACCGUUCCACUAAGCUUGUGCAGAAGCCAGAAAAAAAAAGAAGGAGUUGUCAUCAUGGCGCUAAUGAUACUACCAUUCAUUGGAUCCGUGUCGGUAUCGGAGAGUCUGAUUGCCAUGGCAACGGUGUGUCUGGUCUACCUGAUCCUCAGGUUUUUCCGCACUGAGAUUCCUGAUGGGCUCCGUCGUCUGCCGGGACCGAAGCCCCUGCCUAUCAUCGGGAAUGUGCUGGAGGUGGGCAGCAGGCCCUACCUGAGCCUCACCGCCAUGAGCAAACGCUACGGCAACGUCUUCCAGAUCCAGAUCGGCAUGCGUCCCGUGGUCGUGCUGAGUGGCAGUGAAACGAUUCGACAGGCUCUCAUCAAGCAAGGGGAAGAGUUCGCGGGCAGGCCGGACCUGUACAGCUUCAGGCUCGUCAACGACGGCAAGAGUCUGGCCUUCAGCUCGGACAAGGCUGGAGUCUGGCGUGCCCGCAGGAAGCUGGCCUACAGCGCCCUGCGCUCCUUCUCCACCCUUGAUGGCACAACCCCGGAGUACUCCUGCAUGCUGGAGGAGCACAUCUGUAAGGAGGGAGAGUAUCUGAUCAAACAGCUCAACACCGUCAUGAAGGCCGACGGCAGCUUCGACCCCUUCCGCCACAUUGUCGUCUCCGUUGCCAAUGUGAUCUGUGGAAUGUGCUUUGGCCGACGAUACAACCACAACGACCAGGAGCUGUUGAGCCUGGUGAACCUCAGCGACGAUUUCGGCCAGGUGGUGGGGAGCGGUAACCCUGCGGACUUCAUCCCCGCUCUGCAAUUCCUGCCCAGCCAGACAAUGAAGAAGUUCAAGAACAUCAACGCUCGCUUCAACGAGUUUGUGCAAAAGAUCGUCAGCGAGCACUAUGCCACCUAUAACAAGGACAACAUUCGUGACAUCACAGACUCCCUCAUUGAUCACUGCGAGGACAGGAAGCUAGAUGAGAACUCCAACGUCCAGAUGUCCGAUGAGAAGAUUGUAGGAAUUGUCAAUGACCUGUUUGGAGCUGGUUUUGACACCAUCUCCACCGCCCUGUCUUGGUCAGUGAUGUACUUGGUGGCAUACCCAGACAUAGAGGAAAGGCUUUAUCAAGAACUGAAGGACCAAGUGGGUAUGGAUCGCACUCCUCUCCUCUCUGAUAGACCCAACUUACCCUUUCUGGAGGCCUUCAUCCUGGAGAUCCUUCGCCAUUCUUCGUUCCUGCCCUUCACCAUCCCUCACUGCACCACAAAAGACACAUCUCUUGACGGCUACUUCAUUCCCAAAGACACCUGCGUCUUCAUCAAUCAGUGGCAGGUUAACCACGAUCCUGAGCUGUGGAAAGAUCCGUCCACUUUCAACCCGGAUCGCUUCCUGAGCGCCGAUGGCACCGAAGUCAACAAGCUGGAGGGGGAGAGGGUGAUGGCUUUCGGCAUGGGAAAGCGGCGCUGCAUCGGCGAGGUCAUCGCGCGAAAUGAAGUCUACCUCUUCCUGGCAAUCAUCAUCCAGAAGCUGCGCUUCCACACGAUGCCCGGAGAGCUGCCGGACAUGACCCCAGAAUACGGUCUCACAAUGAAGCACAAACGCUGCCACCUGAGAGCCACGAUGCGAGUGAGGAACGAGGAGUGAAGCUAUUUAUAAUGUACAAUGUAUGACUCAAUAUAUAUAUAAGUUGACUCUAACACUGUAUGGGUCACAAGCCAGUGAAAGACGCAUCUUUCUCAGAAUGUAAGGCACUGGAUGCCGAAUUUGAUCAACACAGCUAAUGGCAUUGAAGCAGAUCAGUGCAGAAAUGUGCUUGUUGCAGAUUGUCAGAGAUGUUUGUGUGAACAAAUCUCUGUCAUGUUUUUGGUUCUAAUCCUGCACAUUGUUGGUGCUUCUCAGUGAAGUAUAAGGAGACACCUGGUUCUCCCGUGCAGUGUAAACUAAACUGCUCCCACUAAGAAGUUGUAAAACACUCAGAGACUUUAAGAAGUUGCCUUGUUCAACUUUGGGACACACAGUAUGUUUUACUGCAUAGGCAUUACUAUUUAGGCUGCUGAAACCUAAACUGUUUUCUUCUGUGAUACAGGACUCUGAACUGAACAGAUAUUACCUUGUUAUGAUACCAUUUACACUUGUAAGCUAAUUAUUUUAAUUCCAUUGUAAUGUGGAUGUAAGACACUGAAGCUAUAUUUGUAUCCCAAAAUGUGAUUUUUUGUGUGUAUAUUCUUUGUAUUUUAUAAAGUCAUUUUUUUUAUGUGCCUAGCGUUUGUAUAUAUUUGAGAUGAAAUAGUUUUGCUGUGCAUCUAUAUGAAAUAUCAGGACACCAAAAGAGUUCCAGUGAUUUUUUGGAAUAUAUUAGUAGGCUAUACAAUUUUGUAAUUCUAUCUCUAAUGUAUCAAUGAUUGUAUAGCAUGUAAGGGCAUGUGAUCUGAACACCACGCAAAUAAAACAUGUUGAAUAAUGA